AUGUAUCGUCUCUCCGCUGCCCUCGCCGUCCUCGUUUUGUUCCUCUCUCUUCUGGCUGCGGUGGACUCUCGAUGGGAUUCCUCGCUCAGACUGUGGUCCGAGAGGGAGGAGACGGCCCCCAGCGAGGAGUCCGUGGGGACGCGAUGGGCCAUCCUUAUCGCUGGUUCUUCAGGCUUUUGGAACUACAGGCACCAGGUCGAUGCUUCACCUAUUUCUCGCUUCCUCGAUAACUUACUGUUAACUUGGAGCGGGGGUUCGUACCCCUGGGGGGUUUAUCGGUCUCUCGUCAUAUUCUGUGUUUCUCGGCGUGUUUUUAUAUGAAAAUGGGCGUUAAUGUGUUUACCCUUGCGGGGCUGUCUGUUUGAUCUUUUGAUCUGAGCAGAAAUUAGUUUGAUUUGUUCGCAUAGUCGGUGGUUCGAACGUUUUUGCCGGGUAAACUGUUCUCCGCCGUUGAUGGCUCGUUUGUAAGACAUUUGUCAUCACUCGUGUGACUUCCAGGGCUCCUUGCGUGAGAAACACGAGGUCAUUCGGCGUCAUCUUAUUUUGGAUUUUAUUCUGGAAGUCGUGGGUUCUCGUGCUGACUCAUAAUUUCACCUAUUGAUGUCCAUGGGCCAAAUAGAGGUUCGAUCUCCGAAAUCCACCAGCAAGAAGUGGUGUUUCUAUCCAUACGUGGUUAGGUGUUUACGGAAGGUGGUACUUAUGACGGUAAAUUAAUGGACGUUUGCGAGAGAGGAUCAAUAAGUUUGACGAGUUUAUAAAAUAUGAGAUAUACCUCUAUUUUUAUUCAUAAAGUGGAAAAGUGUAAGAACAAAGGGAUUUGCCUCCUGGAACGUUCGUGGUGGCGUUAGAGCUGCUACGAACUGGUAUUUGCAAUUUCUGUGGGAUAAUUUCUUUGCUAUGCAGAUAAUAUAUAUCCAAUCAAUUUCUCAGAGAUUUAUCGAUAGAUUCUAAAAAUAAAAUUCAAGAUUCAUUUUCUGGAAAUAUUUCACAGGAAAUAUGUCGUACAGUGGUCGUGUAGUUGUCCCAGGUACAAAUCUUAUAUUCUGUGUUUGGAUGUUAUACGAAAUUUCAGAUUCUAAAAACUACUUUGAGUGGUUCCACCCGUACGAUCAGGUUAAUUCUUUUCGUGGUUGUUUUCACAUAGGACUUUACUUUCCAUGAUUCGACUGGGAUUUUUACCAAAAAUUAUUUGCCAGGCUUCUCGUCCUUCAAAAUUUCCAAGGCUCAUUUGCGCGCUGGAUUCAUCUACUUCGUGAGAUUACAAUACUUUGAGCGUCUGCUCUGGAGAUGGCCAGAUCUUUGUUUCUUGGAGAGAUAGCCACUCUGAGAGAGAGUUUCUUAAUACGGCUCUUCGUUUUCCCCUUCUUUUUUUUUUUUUUCUUUUAACUUUUUAUAUUCUGGAGGAACAGUUUCAGGUAGUUCUUGGGAUAGCUCCGUUUGAAUUCAUAUAUCUGUGGUUUCAUGUGUUCCUUGGCGUAAUAUUUUUGAAUGCAUAUAUAGCUGUUUGAUAGGUUGUCAUAUAUGCCAAGUUUGAUGCUCUCCAUUUCUUCGUUGUGGGAAAUAAAAAAUUAGGGGAUAUCAGACUGGGCACCACUAAAAGAUGCUUGGCCUGGUUGAUUACUGAAUUGUGCACACCAAUGGCUAGAACAUCAAACAGGAUCUGGUUUUAACACUUUUUUGAGAAGCUGUGAUAUCGUCAGAAUCCCCCUUUGGGAGACUCCAGUAAGGAAGGCAUACUAAUAAAGCAUAUUCCUUGCAUUGGUGGGGGGAAAUGAUUCUAACAUGCAUAUGUUUUCUAUCCCUUCAAUUCCAGCGUCUGGUUUUCACCUAACGAUGCCCACCCAAUCUUGAACCCUCUAAGUGAAUUCUGUCUCAUCGGUAUUGAGGACCUGAAGUGCAUUUUUUCUGUUGAAAAUUCGUUUAGGCGGACAUCUGCCACGCAUAUCAGAUAAUGAAGGAGGGUGGGCUGAAGGAUGAGAAUAUUAUCGUCUUCAUGUAUGACGAUAUAGCCUACAACGAGGACAACCCCAGACCGGGAGUCAUCAUCAAUCGUCCAGAUGGUGGAGACGUUUAUGCUGGAGUCCCCAAGGUUGCAUGCUUCACCCAUAACAUUGGGGUUAUUUUUCUACUUUAUUUGCUUUUUCUUAUAAAAAUAUUUUGCGCAGGAUUACACCGGUGACGACAUUACAGUGAACAACUUUUUCUCCGUUCUGCUCGGAAACAAAAACGCUCUGACUGGUGGUAGUGGGAAGGUUGUUGACAGUGGCCCUGAUGACCACAUCUUCAUAUUCUACGCUGAUCACGGCGGUCCAGGGGUACUAGGUUAGUUGUUGUCUCGCCAUCUUUUUGUCCUUUCAACUGCAUCUUAUUUCUAGUUCUCCUAGAAAUAAUUCACAAAUCCUGGAGUGGGCCAACCGAAGUCCCAUAAUAAUUCACAAAAUGGCAGCAGAUGAUCGAUCGUCUCAUAUGCUGAUGAAACCAGAUGAAACCAUCCAGGGCAUCUUGAUAGUUAUUACAUUGGUUUUGUCAGUACAUUUGUUUUUUCAGCCUGAUUUCUCGUCAGAGGUCAUCACUGAGAGGCCUGUUCUUCAACUCCUUUUAUGUUUCCAGGGAUGCCAACUUAUCCCUACCUCUAUGCGGACGACUUGGUAGAUACCUUGAAGAAGAAGCACGCUUCAGGAACCUAUAAAAGCCUGGUCAGAUGAUUUCUAUCAUAUUCUUGUAUAGCUGUAGAUUCUCGGGGCCCGUAGGAAGAUAUAUGUACUCUCAUGGAACUGAUGCAUGUACAUAUAUUCUUGAUGGAGACAGGUGUUCUAUCUUGAAGCUUGUGAAUCUGGUAGCAUAUUCGAGGGUCUCCUUCCAGAGGGCUUAAACAUAUAUGUCACCACUGCCUCAAACGCUGAGGAGAGUAGUUGGGGAACCUACUGUCCAGGAGAUGUUGUCGGCCCUCCUCCCGAGUACUACACUUGUCUGGGAGACCUGUACAGUGUUUCCUGGAUGGAAGACAGGUGCGUAUGCCGGCUUCUCUUGUUCCAUAUCACUAAUCCCUGCUUGGAUUGUCUAUAGAAGGUUUCUAUAUGGGCAUCAAGGAAACAUGUGAUCGUAGGGUCAGACAGAUGGACUGUGACUUGUCCUCUCUCCUGCUGAUAGUUGCUCAUUCAUAUCUCCCUGUUGUGCGAUUGAAUCACGCGCCUUCUUUUGUUAACAUCGUGUUGGACCUUGAGCACAUUAUGGUGGAGGAAAGAAGAAGAAACUGUCAAUCAAUCACUCAGCGUAGCUUUAGCUUCUCCCCUUCUUGAUCUGAGGGCUAAUGCCUCCCUUUCUGUUGCAGCGAUAUACAGAAUUUGCACGUUGAAACCCUGAAGCAGCAGUAUCAUCUGGUAAGUGGGCCCCCUUCGUUUCGCCUUUCGCUGAUGCCAAUUCUGUUUUCGUUGACUUUUAACAUCCAGACGAACUCUUCUGUUUCCAGGUCAAAGACAGGACCUCGGUCCACAACACGUACACAUACGGCUCGCAUGUGAUGCAGUACGGAGAUAUGGCGAUCAAUGCCGAAAAUCUCUUCUCGUACAUUGGCUCAAAUCCUGCCAAUGACAACCUCACUUACGUUGUGAGCAACUCCUUGCCCUCAUCAUCAAAGAUGGUCAACCAGAGGGACGCUGACCUUCUGUUCUUCUGGAACAAGGUAUGCCUUCACGCAACAGAUCUCUCUCACUUCUAUGAUGGCCUCUGAAACCAUUCUCUGAGUCCCUUCUUUGCCAGUUCCGGAACUCUGAGGAAAAUUCUCCGCACAAAUUCACUGCGCAAGAGAGGUUGGUGGACAUGAUGUCCCAUCGGAUGCAUGUGGACAGAAGCAUGGAGCUCGUUGGAAGGUAUCUCUUUGGGCCUACCGAUGGUGCGGAAGCUCUGAAGGCUGUUCGUCCAGCUGGGCAGUCUGUGGUCGACGACUGGGGCUGCCUCAAGACCAUGGUAGGUGUAAAAUUGCCCGAUCUGCUUCGUGUUCUGUUUACGUUUCUAUUGUUUUUGCAUCCACAUGCAGGCAUAAAGAUAACGAAAAUUUCGGAUUUUUUUUCCUUUUCUCCUAAGAUUAUGCAGCCUUUUUUCUUUGAUCCUUGUUUGGUAACAUUUCUCUCUCUCUCUCUCUCUCUCUCUCUCUCUACAUAGUAUUCCUCUCCCACCCAAACUCCCAUAAUCUCUUAGUGGGGAAUGGAUUGGUCUGAAUUUUGAGCAACCAGUAGAAUCAGAACUCUGGGUUUCUCUUGAGGAGGUGAGGGCCUUGGAGAAGUACUGUUGUUCUCUCUCAUCUCCCCUUGCAUCUCCGCUGAGUGGGGAACGGGUCGGUCUGGACUUUCGAUUAACCUGCAGAAUCUGAGCUCUGGAUUUCGUUCGAGCAGGUGAGGACCUUUGAGAAGCACUGCGGUUCCCUCUCCCAGUACGGGAUGAAGCACAUGCGCGCCAUCGCCAACAUCUGCAACGCCGGCGUCGGGGAGGAGGCGAUGGCCGAGGCCUCCGCCCACGCCUGCGGCAGCCCGCCCUCCAACCCCUGGAGCUCCCUCCACCGCGGUUUCAGCGCCUGA